AUGGCGCGACCUGUGCACCGGGCAAUUCGGCCCUGCGUCUUGCUGCUGCUGCCGCUGCUGCUCUUCGUGCUGGGGCAAGCAAGCGCCAAGUCAAAGUCGAAGGAAAAGGCGGCCACCACCUAUGCUGCCAUCCUGACAGGGGAUCAGAUGGUGCCUCCAGUCAACACCACCGCGCAUGGGGAGGUGGACUUGGCAGUGCACCAACACGAGAAGAGCAAGGAUGACUUCGUCUCCUACAACAUCACCCUCUUCCAAGUGAGCCACUUGAAGGAGAUUGACCUGCGCCAAGCCCAGCAGGGGCAGCCGGGAGACAAGAUCGCCAUCCUUUGGGGGCCCUCAGACACCGGCUUGAACCAGGAAGUGAACGGCCAGCUGAAGCAGGGCAACCUGACCAAGAGCAGCUUUGAGAAAGGACCCAUGUCAAAGAAAGAUCCGAACGAGCUAAUGCAGCGCUUCAACGACAACGAUGUCUAUGUCCUGGUGACCACCACUGACCAUCCGGAAGGCCUCCUGCGCGGCCAGGUGCACAGGAAGAACGACACAUCAUCUCCUUGA